UGUCGCUUCAAGCAUUCAAACCCCGCCCAGUUCUUUUGAGUUUCAUUUUCGACAGGAGAAUAGCUGUGGCUGAAUCGCUUCCAAGUUCCUCCAGAAGUUUGAUGCUGCGAUUUGCUCCAAAUCUUCUUCGCAGAAUCUCAAACAGUGCCACUUCCACGAUCCAUUUAUAUCGAUUUACCCAUUGCACGUUCUUCGAACACCAUCGGCCACAGCAACAAUUGCUGUUACGCUUCAUCACUGGCUCCGCUUCGAGCCCUAGCCUCUCGAUAUGGAGGAGGAAGAAGGAAAUGGGCAAGGAGGGUCUGAUUGUAGUUAAAGAGCUCAAGAGGCUUCAGUCCAAUCUCAUUCGUCUCGACCGAUUCAUUUCCUCCCAUGUCUCUCGCUUGCUCAAGUCCGAUCUUGUCGCGGUUCUCGUCGAGCUUCAGAGGCAGAAUCAGGUCUUUCUGUGCAUGAAGUUGUAUAACGUGGUUCGUAAAGAAGUAUGGUACCGUCCCGACAUGUUCUUUUAUAGGGACAUGCUCACGAUGCUUGCAAAAAAUAAAAGGGUGGAAGAAACGAAGCAAGUUUGGGAGGAUCUAAAAGGAGAGGGAGUACUAUUUGACCAGCAUACUUUUGGAGAUAUCAUGCGGGCAUACUUGGAUAAUGCAAUGCCCUCGGAGGCCAUGGACAUAUAUCGUGAAAUGAGGCAAUCUCCUGAUAGGCCAUUAUCUUUACCUUUUCGUGUCAUAUUGAAAGGGCUCGUUCCAUACCCAGAAUUGAGAGAACAAGUUAGAGAUGACUUCUUGGAGCUUUUCCCUGAUAUGAUCGUCUAUGACCCACCUGAAGACUUGUUUGAGGAAGAUGAAGAUAGGUUCAAGAGUGUAAGAUGAUCGAGGAAAUGGCUGAUACGGGGGCAAUUAUGAAUACUAUAUGGGUAGGAAGAUAAGAGAGCAAUGAUGAUAGUACACGAGAAAUGAAGUAAAGCAGUACAAUGAGGAUGAAAGGAGAGGAAGUACGAAGUAAAGGAAUGUACUACAGAUUUUCUCAAGAGGAAGAAAGGAAGUGUAGUACAUAUUUUCCUUCCCAAGUUUAGGGUGUAGUACUCAAACUAAAAGCUUCCCUCCCCCAUCCAUCUUCUAUAAAAACACAUAAGCAUGGAGAGCAAACCGAUAUUGAAGAAGCGAUUAGAGGUAGAAGAAUCCUACGGGGGCUGCCCGAGACCACAUGUCGUUGCACUUAGUAUCUCGUGAUAUGUGUUCUCAGGUCGCCCCUGCAGACUUCUUAUCUACCGUUUUUAUGUUUUAGAUUCAGAGUGGAUUGAGUUCAUUUAUGGUUUCCUCUUCCUUGCACACUUCUCGCCUUCCGUUUUUAUGUUUUAGAUUCAGAGUGGAUCGAGUUCAUUUAUGGGUACUUACUCUGACCGACUUCUUGUUGUUUUUAUGUUUCAGAUUUAGAGCGAAUCGAGUUCAUUUAUGGGUACCUACUAUUCACUUUCUUUCCUCUUUACUUUUUUUUCUCUUCCUCGAUUCUAUUGGUUGCUCUUUCAUUCAUGUAAAAAAACUUGGUUGUAA